AUGGAGAAGCUGAGCCUCCACUUGAAUCUGCUCACUUCAUUCCCACUGUCGCUGCUCUCCUUCCACAAGCUGCGAUACCUCAAUCUGUCCCAUAACUCGAUCGCUGGUCCUAUUCCCAAGGCCAUAGGACGGCUCACGGGCUUGGGGGCGUUGAUACUGGCCUACAACCGCAUCACGUCCUUCCCCACGAGUGUAGCGAAGAUGACCUCACUGCACGAUCUCUACCUCGAGGGCAAUCCCACUCUCCUGUACAUGCCCGCCGAGAUCAUGUUGCGAGCUCGUGCUGACCCGGGCUUCCUGCUCAAGUGGAACAGCGCCAAGGAUUCAAUGCUCACGGAAGAGAAGCAAGCCCAAAUCGAAAGGUGUGAACCCGUCGCGGUGCCAACGCUGCUCAACUUGGCCUGCUGCGCCGUCCUCGGCGAGACAACCGAAAUCAAAUACAACAGCUACCUCAAGACCUCCAGGACCGUAGUGGUCAUCCGGCGAGUCAACCUGGCCCCGCGCCAGAAGCAGAACCGACGAGCAGCCGGCUACUGGGGCGGAGAACCCACUGCGACGCCGUGUUUGUUCACUUUUGACCGGUUGGGCUGCUACAACGCGUGGCACGAUGCGGACGACCCUGAUGUAGUUAAAGGCGUGAGAAAGGAGGCGGUGCUUGACCCAGCCGCUUUUACAUGA